CCUCAACCAUUCACGCGAACAUCCUGAAUCCGUAAAUGGGUACCCGCCCAGCCAAGCAACCGAUUCUGGACUCGGCAAAGCAAAGCGAGAGUAACAGAGUGACAUAGACAAACCUACAGAUAUAUGCAGACCUAGAGACGUAGGAAACAACAGCCUCAUCGCCUCGUCGCCUCGUCGCCUCGUCGCCUCACGCCUCACGCCUCACGCCUCACCACUACCCCCGCGCCUGAGCACAAACGACAUGGAUCCCAGUUCUGCCCUGCAGCAGUUUCUGCAGCCCCUCCAAGUCGACACCCGCAAGAUUCAUACACUGUCCAGUCACUUCUUUUCUAAUUUCAGAGACCUCGCUCUUUAUGCCGAAGACCAGUUCCUCUCCACGCCCAUCUCAGAGUCCAUCUUACGACAUGUCAGCCGAAAAGGUCAUAGAAGACACCUGGCCAUUGACAUCGGCGGGACGAAUCUGAGGGUAGGCCUCGUCGAGCUACAGCCCGAAGAAGAGACAAACGCCAACAAGACAUCCUCAUCCCCGUCCAAACCAAAUGGAACCGCCUCAUCAUCUUCAUCGCCGACAUCAACACUCUAUCUCAAAGAGGAAGCAUGGCCCAUAGACGACGGCGUCAAAGCAGAUGCCAAAGGUGAUCCCCAGCUCCUCUUCGACUGGAUUGGCACCCGCAUCGCAUCCGUCGUCCGCAAUGCCCGCAAGGAAUCCCUGCUGCCCGACGAUGAUGAACCCAUUCCCCUGGGCAUCACUUUCAGCUUCCCCAUGAUCCAGCGUUCCAUCGCCGAUGCACAAAUCAUGACAAUGGGCAAAGGCUUCAGCAUCAAAGGCCACGCAAUGCUAGGUCCUCUGCUGAUCAGGGGCUAUGACAAAGCUCGCAACGCCCAGUCCAAUGGAAUGCAUAGCCGCCCUCUGCCGCCCAUCUCCGUCGCCGCCAUAUCAAACGACUCCGUCUCAACACUAGUCACCUUCAUCUAUCUUUUCGACGAAUUCAAGUCCACAUCCCAGCCCAAGGUCAAGUCCAAGUCCAAAUCCAAAUCCAUAUCCCAGUCACCGUCCCUCAUUAUCAAGAAGGCAAGCAUGGGCCUUAUCGUCGGCACAGGUUGCAACGCCACCAUUCCGCUCCCUCUCACCGCUCUUGGCCAAAACAAGUGGCCCGCAGCUGUGAGCACUCUUCCCAGCGAACCUGCCGGCCUCGUUCGCAUCGCUGUCAACACGGAAUGGAGCAUCCGCGGCACGGCUCCGCCCCUACGCGAAUUGGACUUCAUCACGGCAUGGGAUACGGCCCUUGACGAGGCCCUCGUCGGACCGGGCGAGAUUGCUGGCUUCCAGCCCCUGGAGUACAUGACAGCCGGCCGCUAUCUCGGCGAGCUGGGCCGCCUCGUUCUACUCGACUAUGUCCGUACCGUUCUCGGCUUCAACGAGUCCUCAUUACCAGCAGGCUUGCUCUCGAGGUACGCGCUGACGACGACGUUCUUGAGCCACUUCAAACCUGCCGAUGAUAAUCCUUCCGACCCAUCCCCUCUACUGUCCAAGCUAGAAAAGGAGUUCCCAGUAGGAGAAGCAGAAGCAGAGAAAAUGUCAUCAUUUCCCUCCUUCCAAUGGACACCAACAAUCGCAGCAGCCCUCUAUCAUAUCGCAAAAGCAAUCGAGAUCCGCGCCGCAGGAAUUGUCGCAGCCGCCACCUUCGCACUCUUGAAGCUCGCAGACGACAUACCUCCUCCUUUCCCAAAAGACCAGGAGAAGCAUCAGGGCAUCCCUCCCGCCAUGGAGCUGGGUGUCGGCUACACGGGCGGUUGCAUCUCCCAUUUCCAAGAUUACCUCGCCGACACGCAAGACUUUUUAGACAAGAUCGUGAAGCUGGAAUACAGCGCGGGCGGGUCGGAUUCACCAGUGAGGAUCAUUCUGAGUCCCUGCCAUGACGGCGGGAUCAAGGGCGCCGGUAUCCUCGCGGCCGCCACGAGUAACACUCAUACGCAAGAAACAUAGCAUGUUGCAGAAUGGUGGGAGAAGGAAAAUAGCUUGAGGAACCGAUUCAGGUCGAGUGGAUGAGAGGUAUUCAUCCGCCUCAACUACCUGCCAUGCCACGGCGGGCAUUGCGAGUGCCCAUUACAUAUAAUAAACGGCGAAGAGUCACCUUUUGGGUGUGAAGUACAACAUCAUUACCUUGGAC